AUGCAUCUGUCCUCUGUAUCUCAUCAAAUGGUCAUUUCGUCUCAUUUGCUUUUGCUCCUGUAUGCUUUUACAUCAGUAGUUUUUAUUUCAGUGUCAGAAGGUUGGAGCAGUACCGACAAGAAUUUUGAUAAUAGACCCGGAGUUUGCUUCAAAGUGCUGACAACAAAAGAACCAAAGGCUAACAUUAAACGUUGUUACAACCUUCCAAAAACCAAUAAUUGUCUUAAGUGUGUGCUGUUUGUUGAUGCAUCGAACAGGAUGAAAUGUAUAGAUCCUAAUGCUUCAUGGCUUGCUGAAAGGCUAUAUCGUCUAAAAGAGAAAGGGGUAACGUGUAGAGGGGAGGCUUAAGAAACACA